AUGAUGCUGCUUCAAGGUAGGUGUACUAUGGCGUACGGAGCAGAUACUCGCUGGAAUCGCAGUGUCUUGAAUCCCCAAGGGGCUUCUCGAGCACGCAAAAACGCACCGGCAAAUCUCAUACCAUGCCAGCGGACAAAGAACCAAGACGGCCUUUGCCCAAGGCAAUGGUAG